AUGCUCAAAGGAGUCGACGGAAUUGGACUAACCACAAUUGUUGGUGGUGGUGCUUCAAUGGAUGGAUUUGGUUUAACCAUUGUUGGUGGAUUUUGCGGUUGUGGGUUUGGUUUAGUCACCGAUGGUGAUGGCUGUGGGUUUGGUUUAAUCACUGGUGGCGGUGGCGACGACACUAGUGGAAAAGGCGAUAACGGCGGUGACGAUGGUGGUGAUGACGACAACGGUGAUGAUGGUGACAAUGGUGACAACGGCGACGGCGGUGGUGGCAGCGGUGACGACACUGGUGGCGAAGGCGAUAACGGUGGUGACGACAACGGUGACGAUGGUGAUGAUAGUGACAACGGCGAUGGCGGUGGCGACUGCCAUGGGUUAAUGUCGGAUGGCGGAGGCGAUGACGGACAAACACAAAAACAAUACGUUUUCAAUAAGAUCAAGGUGAUUGCUCAUGUGACCGGAAAGAUCACAGUUAACCAGAAACAAGAACUCGAGUUUCCCAAGGAUCUUAAUGCUGCUCCUUCUAGAUUUUUGUUGGCUAAGAUGAGGCUUACGGCUUGUGUCAAGUUUCCGACACCCUCUGAGAUUGUAGCUCGCAAGUUAUUGGACUCGAGAUUGAGGCUAGAUAAUUCCGGGCAAUCAACGUAUUCGAUGUUUUCAAGUGAUGUGAGAUUGUGCCACUCUGGUGAACUUUUUAAGUUCUCACAGUCUACAAUGGCCAGAUUCUUCAAGGUGUUGGUGCAUCCCCGUAGAAGCCAUUGGGAUAGAGCCACCAAAUUUCAUAAAUGUCCGACGGACAAGGAUUGCAGGAUGAAACCACCAUCACAAUGA